GAACCUCCCGGAGCGAUGAGCCGUUCGCUCCCAGCGGCUGUCAGCGGGGAGCUAGCCGCGGCUAGCCGCUGUGUUCCGGCUGUCAGGCGGCCACGGUCUGCUGAGAGUCACGGGGUUUGGGCGAGGCAGCUGGCCGUGUUCCGGUCCCGCUGCCGCGGUCCCUGGUGCCGGCAGGGCCCGGUGGGCCGGUGGGGUUCAAAGGCCCAGUUGUUGGAGCUGCGGACUCAGAACUACCAGCUGUCUGAUGAUCUCAGGAAGAACUCUGCAGAGCUGAACGGCGUGCGUCAGAAGCUGGGGGUUCUGGAGAGAGACUGCAGCAAAGCUCAGAAGGCGCUGAAUAAAAGCAAAAAGGCUCAGGAGGUGGACGCCCUGCUGAGUGAGAAUGAGAUGCUGCAGGGGAAGCUGCACAGCCAGGAGGAGGACUUCAGGCUGCAGAACAGCACCCUGAUGACCGAGCUCUCCAAGCUGUGCACGCAGAUCGAGCAGCUGGAGCAGGAGAACCAGCGUCUGAAGGAAGGAACCUCGGUUCCCAGCGCUGCAGCCGUCCCUGUGGAUGCAGAGCUGCUGCGCCUCCAGGCGGAGAACUCCGCCCUGCAGAAGAAGCUGAAGGCUCUUCAGGAGCGCUUCGAUGGCGAGAUGCAGAGGCAGGCCGUCGCCCACGGCAACCAGAUCGCUACCACGGAGACGGACGGGUCACCUGACACCAACAGAGUCUCUGAUGUCACGGCGGGCGGGGAGGAGGCAGCAGCAGAGGGAACCAAUCAGAGAGAAGGACAGACGGAGGCUCGGUUCCAGCAGACAGAGAAGCAGCUUCACGCGCCCCCUGUAGGCCGGUCACAGAUUGUAGCUAAGCAGGCAGCUGUAGGCUGGUCGGCUGCUCUCUGUCCAAUAACUCACUGCUUUGGACCAGAGCUGGAGAUGGCGCUGAACACGGAGCAGGAGGAGAAGAGGCUGCUGAGGGAGCAGGUCCACACCCUGGAGGCAUCCAAACAGGCCGACGUGUCCAGACUGCAGGAGGAGAUCACCAAGCUGUCAGACAAGGUGAAGAAGAAGCAGGAGAGCUUCCAGCGUCUGCAGACUGAGAAGGAGGCUCUGUACAACGACAGCAGGACAAAGAUCGAUGAGAUCAACCAGAGGAAAGAAGAAGAGCUGAAGGCUGUGAACAUCCGCCUCCAGAAGCUGCAGUCAGACCUGGCAGCAGCCAAUCAGGUGGCAGCAGAGCUGAGGGAGCAGCUGCAGAGCAAAGACAAGGAGCACCAGCUGGCUCUGCACACCUUGAAGGACCAGGCGGCCAGUCAGCAGCAGGUGGACAACAUCCUGCAGGAGAACGAUGCUCUGAGGACUAACCUGGCUGCUCUGGAACAGAUCCAGACGGCCAAGACGCAGGAGAUGAACCUGCUGAGGGAGCAGCAGGAGGCGCUGACGGCUGAGCUGCAGCAGAGACGCUCUGACCAGGAGAGUCUGCUGGCCCAGAGAGACGACCUGAACUCUCAGCUGCAGGAGUCCAGCUUCGCCAACAGGAAGCUGCUGGAGCAGCUGACGGAGGAAGGUCAGGAGAAGGAGCGGCUGCUACGGGAGCUGGAGGAGGCCAAGAAGACAGCAGAGAAGAGGAAGGCCAUGCUGGAUGAGAUGGCCACGCAGCUGAACCUGGUGAAGUCUGACCACAAGGAGGCGCUGUCAGACCUCAAACUGCAGCAUGAGAAGGAGGUUCUCGGAGUGAGAGCUCGUUAUGAGAAGGAGCUGCGAGGGCUCCACGAGGAGAAGAACCGCUCUGAGGAGGAGAUCCGGCAACAGCUGAGGGAGGAGAAGGGCCGGACCAAGGAGCUGGAGGGGUUACAGCAGCGGGUGGAGGAGCUGCAGGCUCAGGUUCAGGCCAUGGAGGGAACCAAAGGUUGGUUUGAGAGACGCCUGAAGGAGACUGAGGAGAACCUGGAGAAGAACGCUCUGCAGCAUCAGGAGGACAUCCAGAGGCUGCAGGAGGAACAGGCACUCCAGCUGGAGGAGAAGCAGGCAGAGGUGGAGGGAUGGAAGCAGCAGCAGCUGGAGGCGGAGAAGCAGAGAGACGAGCUCCGUGGAACCAUCGGGAAACUGAAACAGGAGAUCAAGGACACCGUGGACGGCCAGAGGAUCCUGGAGAAGAAGGGGAGCUCAGCGCUGAAGGACCUGAAGCGGCAGCUGCAGCUGGAGAGGAAACGGGCCGACAAGCUGCAGGAGAGGCUGCAGGAGAUCCUGACCAACAGCAGAACCAGGACAGGUCUGGAGGAGCUGGUUCUGUCUGAGAUCAACAGUCCCAGUCGGACUCAGCAGACCGGAGACUCGUCCUCCGUCUCCUCGUUCUCCUACAAGGACGUGAUGAAGGAGGUCCAGCCGACCCAUCAGAACCGGUCCGGAGGAGGAAGUCCUCAGUCCCAGCGUCCUGCAGAACUCUCUGACGACGAGGUGGGCGAGCUCUUCCAGCGGCUCGCCGAGGUCCAGCAGGAGAAGUGGAUGCUGGAGGAGAAGGUGAAACAUCUGGAGGUGAGCUGCUCCUCCAUGGCUGAGGACAUCUGCAGGAAGAGCGCCAUCAUCGAGACCUACGUGAUGGACAGUCGCAGAGACGUGUCGGGCAGCGUGCUCGGCGCUCACGGAGGCUUCCAGGCAGAGCGGGGGGGUCUGGGCUCGGUUCUGCGAGAUCUGGUGAAACCAGGAGACGAGAACCUGAGGGAGAUGAACAAGAAGCUGCAGAACAUGCUGGAGGAGCAGCUCACCAAGAACAUGCACCUGCAGAAGGACCUGGAGCUUCUGUCCCAGGAAUUAGUCCGGCUCAGUAAGGAGAGUCCCGCUGGCAGCAGUGCAGUCGGUUCCGGAUGAGGCUACAUCCUGGAUCCGUCACGCUCGCUUCCCUCCAUCUCAGUCGCUGCAUUUACAACCUGCUGUGGGCUCCAUCUACUGCCUGGAGCCGGUAACGGUUCCUGGCUGGGUCUAAAUGCUGGAUUUAUCUGUUCAUGGCGGAAGAACCUGAGAGGUUCUGGAUGGAGAAGAGCUCUGAGGACAUGAACAUUCGGUCUCACUUCAUUUCUCUGUUGAAUGUACUGUAAUUAGACGGCACCAUCCAUCGCUCUGGGUCCUGGCUAUGAUCUGGAAAACUCACAACUGACCUCAUCGCUUCCUGUGCGCAUAAUUAACUCUGGGACCCGACUAUGUGCUGGAGCGAGUCUGAAACGGUCACCAUGACAGUAACAGCCAAUCGGGGUGGAGCUCUGGUUGCCAUGGUUACCGUUUCAGGUGAGCUUGCCGGCCGUUGGCUCCCCGCUCACCUGGAGACGCGGCGCUGCGUUUGUGUUUCACUACAGAAUGACUUUCACUACGGAAGCCCAGCUGGACAAACAACCUGCAGCCGCAGCAGGCAGAAAGGUUCUGAAUCCAAAGCGUUUGGUUCUGAACGGUUCUGUCUGGGUUCCGUCUGUCACAAACAUACCUGAAUGUUCUGGCUCGGCUCGGUCCGCUUCCUGCAGAACUCGGUUCAGUCACAGUUCCUCACUCUGGCCUGGCUUUGGGCUCUGACUACGUCCUGGUAUUCUGUGCUGGGGCCCGGCUAUGACUACGUCCUGGUAUUCUGUGCUGGGGCCCGGCUAUGACUACGUCCUGGCGUCAGAUCUGUGGUUGAAAUGUUCCGUCUGUAAAUAUUCGCUGUGAUUUAAAGUAUUUAUGUUUGAUCACCAUGACGCUAAUUAUUGUAUCUAUGAAGACGUAUAAAAUCUGUGUGGAAACGA